GUUGAAACAAGAGAAGAUGAGGAACAAAACAUCAAGUUGACUGAAAUUUUGGAACUGUUGGUGGCUGCUGGGUAUUUUCGAGCAAGAAUCAAAGGAUUAUCACCCUUUGACAAGGUGGUAGGCGGCAUGACGUGGUGUAUCACUACUUGCAGCUUUGAUAUCGAUGUUGAUUUAUUGUUUCAGGAAAACUCUACUAUCGGUCAAAAAAUUGCCUUAACUGAAAAAAUUGUGUCGGUAUUACCAAAAAUGAAGUGUCCUCAUCGUUUGGAACCACAUCAGAUCCAGGGACUGGAUUUCAUUCAUAUAUUUCCUGUUGUACAGUGGCUGGUGAAACGUGCAAUAGAAACAAGGGAAGAAAUGGGAGACUAUAUCCGUUCUUACUCUAUAUCACAGUUUCAAAAAACUCAUAGACUACCGGAGGAUGAUGAGUUUAUGCAAAGAAAAGAGAAGGCUAUCAAAACUCUUACUGAUAUCUUUGUAAGUAUGUUAGAUUUUUAUGAUCAAGAAGCAAGUGGUUUUAGUAAUGAAACGGUGGUGGUUAAUUCUGUUUAA